AUGAAGGCCGUCUUCCAUGGCAGGGGCGGGAAGGCCCCGCCGGGUGAAGCUCUCACCCCGAAUUCUCAUCAGAAGCAGAGGAUGGUGUCCCGAGGUGCCAAGGAGAACGUCGAUCCCGACUCUACUGGAUCGUUGCCGGAGAAUCGAACGCCAUCUGCUACGGCCAAACCGCCCCUGGCUCCUAAGAUCCGGAGCCCCCUCCACCCAAGACCAUUGCCAAACCCUAACGAUACGCCUCUCAAGAAGAAGAAGCUAAACUUGGAGACCUUGUCGGAGAAUGGAGCUCCCGCGGCGGCCGCGACGGAGUCCGGCGUCCAGGUACGCUCUUUUCCGCGAGGAGGAAGACUAGGUGGUCUGGGUUUCGAAAACCAUCGAUGGAUGGCUGAGGUUAGGGUAUUUUUGUUAUUUGAGCACAGGUGAUUGUGCGGAUGCGGCCGCUGAACAAGGAAGUGGAGGAAGAAGACCAGAUCGUACAUAAAGUUUCCGCUGAUUCCGUCUCUAUUCUUGAUCAUGCCUUCACUUUUGAUUCGGUCGCUGACACCGGAUCCACACAGGUUGCCCCUCUUCAACGAAGAAUUUGGUCCCAGCAUGUUAAAGUUUAGGGAAAAGACACUAACGUAUUUUCAAUUAAAUUUACCAUCAGGAAGAAGUAUUCCAGCUCGUGGGGCUUCCACUCGUAGAAAACUGUUUGGCUGGCUUCAACAGCUCAAUAUUUGCAUAUGGACAGGUACCUUUCAAGUAGCAGCUACAUUCAGUUAAGUUAUAGGCUUUUUUCCCUGGCAUCAACUUCCCCGUUCUGUCGCGAUGAAAUAGACGGGCAGUGGAAAGACGUACACGAUGUGGGGACCAACCAGCGCCGCGCUGGAGGAUGGGUCAUCAAGUGCUGAACGAGGAUUGACGCCUCGCGUCUUUGAAAGGCUAUUUUCUCGCAUUCAUGAGGUGGGUUUAAUUUUUCUUGUCUGUCCAAGUGAUUAUCCAUUUUCCUGAUGCAUUGAGCUAAAUCCUUUCUUUUCCAUCCUUAGGAACAACUCAAGCAUUCCGAUAAGCAGCUCAAUUAUCAGUGCCGCUGUUCCUUUUUAGAGGUGUUCAUCGAAUACUUUACCAAUCUUCGUAUAUUUAAUUAUUGCUGAUUUUGGACGGUCAAGCUUGACAAAUUAGUAUUUUGUAUGAAUGAUAGAUUUAUAAUGAACAAAUUAUGGAUUUGCUUGAUCCAAGCCAGAGAAACCUUCAGGUAUCAAACAGUUACCUCGGGCCUGCUCUGAUUUAUCUGAAUCGCAUCCACCAUGGCCGUUGACUGCAUAUGUGUAUUGCAGAUAAGGGAAGAUGUCCGAACUGGUGUUUAUGUCGACUGUCUCUCAGAAGAGUAUGUGUGCACGAUGAAGGAUGUCACUCGGCUACUGACUAAGGUAUUUUAAUCGCCAUUUCUACUAAAUUAUGUUGGCUUUUGAAAUACUUGUUUUUCAUUCUCUCCUUGAUUCACUUAAGAUAAAAGUGAAGAGAACAUAGUUUACUGUGUACUCUGCGAGACGUAACUUUCUUUCAAACCAUACAUAUACACGUGUAUAAAGAUGCUUCUUUCUGAUCAUUUAGUAAAAUUUUGUGAAGCAUUAUUUCUGCUUUUAAAUUUUUCUUAUUGAUUUUUUAUGCCCAGGAUCAGUGAUCCAUGAUUUUCUGGCAAACAGCCUUUCUGAUGCUUGUCCAUGGUUCAGGGUUUAGCGAAUAGAAGAACUGGGGCAACAAGUAUAAAUGCAGAAAGUUCUCGUUCACAUUGUGUUUUCACAUGCGUCAUUGAGUCUCAUUCAAAGGUAAGAGCUCACCACUUAAAUAGACUACUUACUACUCGAGGCUUUUGGUCUCCAUUCUGCUAUUGUACUUUUUCUCCAUGUUAUUCUUCAGUGCCAAGAAAUGUUUUCUAACAUUCUGCGAGGCCACAUCUUCAGUUUCCUUAGAUUCCAUUUAUCUGACGAUAGCAACAUUGAUGAUCCUUGCUGUGUACUUCUUUAUGUCACGUUUCAUUUAUGUUUAAUUUGGACUCAUUCCUUUUAUUUUGUAGAGUAUUGCUGACGGCCUAAAUAGUCUAAAGAUCAGUAGAAUCAAUCUUGUCGAUCUAGCUGGAUCUGAAAGACAGAAGCUUACUGGAGCGGCGGGUGAACGCUUGAAAGAAGCAGGGAACAUCAAUCGGUCCCUUUCGCAACUCGGGUAUGAUUUCCCUGUCCAUAAAAGCAGCCUCUAUCGUAUGCUAAGACCAUUACAACUAGUAAAUAAAGGACUUAUCUACAUUAUGAAUUCACUAUGACUAGCUUCAACCAUCGGAUGGUUGCACGUCUUUUUCGUUGAUUAUUAAAGUAAAAACCAGUAUCAGAUUCAUCGUUAUGAUCAGUUUUGAAUUCGCAUGCAUUUUGUUGACUUCUGAUUUACUUUUGUGGAUCAUUAUUUGUGCAAUGAUUCAUACACCCUCGCUUGGUUGAAAAAUCUACUUUUUUGAUACAGCUCAAUAGUUAACAGAUUAUGUAUGCCUCUAUGUAUCGAGGGGAAAUUUUGGGCAUAAGUAGUCAGUCAUAGUACUUUGGUUUAUGAAUCAUUUCAUUUAUGCAACCCAUUAAUGAUGCCAUUAUCUGAUUUUGAAUUUUUGUCGAAUUCCAGGAAUGUGAUCAAUAUUCUGGCUGAAGUUUCCCAAACGGGAAAGCAGAGACAUAUUCCAUACAGAGAUUCCAAGCUGACAUUUUUGCUUCAGGAAUCUCUUGGUGGCAAUGCUAAGCUGGCGAUGAUAUGUGCCAUCUCACCAUCGCAGAGGUGAUAUUUGAUGCAACAAUAGCUUCCUUCUUCUUAACUUUCUCAUCAUUAAUCCAAAUCUCACUUCAGAUCCGUUAUUUGGUUGCAGCUGCAAGAAUGAAUCAUUUAGUACUCUAAGGUUUGCACAGCGUGCUAAAGCUAUUAAAAACAAGGCAAUUAUUAACGAAAUUUCACAAGAUGAUGUCCAUGUCUUGCGAGAGCAGAUACGUCAAUUAAAGGUAGUAUUUUUAAUCUGGUGCCGAUUACUUCAGAGGACUUAAUAUUUUUUUCCUCUUAAGUCUCUCUGUAGGGGAGUGAUUGUACAUGUCUUGUGAUGAGAAUGGGGAUUGGGGGUCAUUCCCCACAAAUGGAAUGGGAAAACCACCUUGCUUGUUGGGUGCCUGGGCCCAACAAGCAAUCAUCCUACUUUAUCAUGUUGAAUAGACUCAUCCACUAUUUCCACUGUAGAAGCAGUUUCCUUUUUGGGAGCAUAAGAACCCUAAGUGUUUAGCCAAUUUUUUUUAGAAAAACUUACUUGCAUUUUCAUGAACAGGAUGAAUUACUCAGAAUGAAAGCAAAUGGUGUUUCACCGGAAGGAAACCCAAACUUUUCAACAGGAUGGAAUGCUCGGAGAAGUUUGAAUCUCUUAAGGAUGAGCCUUGGUCAACGUGCGGUUAUAUCAACCCUUGAUGAUGAUAUGGACAUUGAUGAGGAUAUGGAUAAUCCAUGGAUGGCAACUAAUGUGCGACCUGCUGUGAGUGAACCUAUUCAAGAUGAUGUGCCCAAGAUAAGUGCUCAAUGUGUGGAGGAAGAAGAUUCAUCAGGUGAUGAUAAAAUUGUCCAUAAAUGCAUGAUGACAGAGGAGACUGCAGAAGGCCAUGACCCAGACCGAAUAGUCGUGCAAUCCUGUGAGGGAACUGUUGGUGUAGAAGGUCAUGACCCAGACCCAAUAGUCAUGCAAGUAGUUAGUCCCAUAUCUAAUGGGGCUGAUUCCAAAACUGAUACUUGUAUGAAUAACGGAGAAAGUUAUGACUUAAUUGGCAAUUCUGGAGAGGAAUCGAUUGAUAGAAAGGCUGUGGAACUACAAGGCAGCACGUCCAAUGAGUGUAAGCUUCCAGAUAUAGAAAAAUCUCUGUGCGUUGAAAUUUUUAGUGAAGAGGAUUCCACUGUCAGCUUACUUUCAGAUUCUCGUCAGAACUCUCUGUCAAGGUCCACGCAUGAUGUUAUAUGUGAUCUUAGCAUUGUAACAUGCUGUAUGUCACCAGAUUCUCUCACUCCAUCUUUAUCUCUAUCACCAAAGGUAGAAGAUGUCACAGAGGAAUGCCUUAAGGCAUGCCCAAUGUCAACUUCCCCGAAGGAUCUCUUGGAAGAUAAAGUGCCUGUUUCGAAAGGUCCAAGCCCCUCUUUUUCUCAGGAAAAAGGUGGCAGGAGGAAGGGUUCUCUUGUACCAACAGAACAUCUGGCAGCAAGUCUCCAGCAUGGUCUUCAAGUUAUCAGUAACCGCCAUCAGAAAUCAACUGUUGGACGCUCUUUGUUUGGAUUUUCUUUCAAACCAUUGGACUUUAAGCCACUGCUUCCAAUUGCUAAGGUUGAGAUUGGUGUACAAACAGUCCCCCAAGAAACUGUAGAAGAUUCAUCUACAUUCAUGUGCAGUUACUGCAGGGACAGGUUUCUACUUGAAUCUAAACCUGUCAAUAAUGACAAGGAUCAGCAACUGGUGCCUCUAGAUGACACUGGCAAGAAGGAACUGCAGCUGGUGCCUGCAGAUGUCAUUGACAAUAGCGAGGUGCAACUGGCGCCUGAAGAUAAUAGUGACAAAAACGAACUACAGCUAGUACUAGGAGAUGCUACUGACAACAAUAAGGAACUAGGACUUGCAGAUGCAUUGCAACCUACUGAUAAACCCAAAAACCAGAUACCGAAGGUAUUGUACUGGGAACAUUUUGACUUUAUUUCUGUUCUUCAGUGUUUGCAGUGAAAGAUGCAUCUUUUUUCUCACUUUUAUAUUUAAUGAAAACGAUAUUUUGAAAUUUUUAGGCAGUGGAGAAUGUCUUAGCUGGAGCAAUCAGACGGGAAAUGGCACUCCAAGAACACUGCUCCAGGCAAACUGCAGAAAUAGUUCAGCUUAAACGUUUGGUAAAUUUCAAUUAUUAUUUCUAUAGUUAAACUGGCGACAAUUUCGGCAUCUUCUUACUACUGUGGCAUCUUCAGAUUCAACAAUACAAGCAUGAGCGUGAGUGCAACUCAAUUAUUGCUGAAACACGCGAAGACAAAAUAUGCCGACUUGAAAACCUUAUGGACGGGAUUUUACCAACUGAAAAGUUUAUGGAAGAGGAGUUCAGUUCACUUGCGAAUGAGCACAAGGUAAUAGUUGCUUGUGAUUUAUAUUUUGGAAUAAUAGUUCACAUUGUACUGAUGUUACCAGUAUUUGGCGCCCAGCUUUUGAAAGAGAAAUAUGAUAAUCAUCCUGAAGUCCUGAGAGUUAACGUUGAGCUUAAAAGGGUAAAGGAUGAGCUUGAAGCAUACAGAAGCUUCUUUGAUCUGGGGGAGAGGGAGGUACUGAUGGAAGAGAUACAUGAACUAAGGGACCAGUUACAAUACUAUAUUACUUUUUCUCCCUUUCCAUCUCAAAAGAGGAGUUCACUGCUUCAGCUGGCUUAUCUUAAAGAUCCUAUUCCAGAUCUUCUAGAUGAUGUUCCGGAAUCGACAAAAGAAAGUGCAAAUGAAAACUUUGAAGAAGAGAGGCGUCUUUGGGCUGAAACAGAAAGCAAAUGGAUUUCUCUUUCUGAAGAACUCGGGCUUAAAUUAGAAGCAAGCCGCUCUCUGGCUGAGAAACUGAAGAUGGAGCUUGAUUCGGAGAAGAAAUGCUCAGAUGAGUUGAAAGAAGCGCUGCAAACAGCAAUGCAGGGCCAUGCUCGGAUUCUUGAUCAAUAUGCAGAUCUUCAGGAAAAGCAUAUUGGUAUGCUUAUUAGGCAUCAACAGAUCAGAGAUGGAAUUGAAGAUGUUAAAAGAGCAGCAGCUAAAUCGGGUGUUAAGGGUGCAGAAUCAAAGUUCAUCAACUCCCUUGCUGCCCAAAUUUCGGCACUUAAAGUUGAGAGGGAGAAGGAAAGACAGUAUUGGAGAGAGGAAAAUAAAGUGCUCCAGGCUCAACUGAGGGAUACCGCUGAAGCUGUUCAGGCUGCAGGUGAACUGGUAGUGCGGCUCAAGGAUGCUGAGGAAGCUACUGCAAGUGCCCAGGUUAGUGCAUCAGAAAUUCUGUAACAAAAUGAAUCUUGUUAGAAGUUUCCUGUUUUAUUGGAAGAUAUUUCAUUUAAUACAAAACAUUAGGUUCAUUUAUGUUUUUAUUGGAAUGCUUAAAAAUUAUAGGCCUUUUAAUUUACUGAUAGGUUCAUUUAUGUUUUUAUUGGAAUGCUUAAAAAUUAUAGGCCUUUUAAUUUACUGAUAGGUUCAUUUAUGUUUUUAUUGGAAUGCUUAAAAAUUAUAGGCCUUUUAAUUUACUGAUAGGUUCAUUUAUGUUUUUAUUGGAAUGCUUAAAAAUUAUAGGCCUUUUAAUUUACUGAUAGGUUCAUUUAUGUUUUUAUUGGAAUGCUUAAAAAUUAUAGGCCUUUUAAUUUACUGAUAGGUUCAUUUAUGUUUUUAUUGGAAUGCUUAAAAAUUAUAGGCCUUUUAAUUUACUGAUAGGUUCAUUUAUGUUUUUAUUGGAAUGCUUAAAAAUUAUAGGCCUUUUAAUUUACUGAUAGGUUCAUUUAUGUUUUUAUUGGUCACUGAUAACAGCUAAUAGGAAUGAAGAAACGGAAUUUUAUGCCUUUUAAUUUACCAGGAAAGUCCUCAUGGUUCACCAUUAAGUCAAGAAUUUUGAUGGGCUUUCCGGGUUAUGUUGCAUCGCCAAAAUUCACCGUAGAUAUUUCUGCAUGAAGUACAAAUAACAAUCAGAUGGCCUUUGGCUUUAAUCUCUGCAGAAACGGGCGAAGGUAGCUGAGAAAGAGGCUGAAAGGGCCUACCAAGAGAUCGAUAGUCUGAAGAGACGACAUGAGAGAGAGAUUGAAACAUUUAAUCAGCGUACUGCAGAGUCAAGGCUGCCAGACGAAGCUUGUAAUCCCACAGACUGUGAUGCUGACGCUGUCAAAUAUGAUGAUGUCGACUGUCUCCAUGAUCAGAAGUGGAGAGAGGCAUUUGAACAGCAAGAUGAGGAGUUCUCGAGAGGAGCUGAACAAGCAUCAUGGUUUUCUGGUUAUGAUCAAUGCAAUUUCUGA